AUGUCUGACGCAAGGCAGAGAACUUUGUCCACCUCUGGAGAGUCUCUGUAUCAGGUCCUGAGUCUGGAGAAAGGCUGCAGCCAUGACGACAUCAAGAAGUCCUACAGGAAGCUGGCGUUGCGGUUCCACCCCGAUAAGAACCCGGACAACCCGGAGGCGGCGGAGAAGUUUAAAGAGCUGAACAGCGCCCACACUGUCCUGUCCGACCUCAGCAGAAGGAACAUCUACGACUCGUACGGGUCUCUGGGGCUCUACGUCGCCCAGCAGUUCGGAGAGGACAACGUCAACACCUACUUCAUGCUGUCCACCUGGUGGGCCAAGGGUCUGUUCCUGGUCUGUGGGGUCCUGACUGGGUUUUACUGCUGCUGCUGUCUCUGCUGCUGCUGUAACUGUUGCUUUGGGAAGCUAAAGCCGCGGCCCACAGGUGAGGGAGCGGGACCGGACUAUGUCUCCCCAGAAGACCUGGAGGCGGAGAUACUCAACGACCCCGCUGAUAAUGUUGAAACUCCGAUCGUUCAGCAGCCGACGAACGCCAGCGAGAAGACUCAGCUGAUCACUGACGGACUCCGCAGGUACGGAGACACCUACACAUGA